AUGGCCCUCAAACAACCCAUCAAAACGACCACCAACGCGCCCGCGCAAUCCACCGAUACUGCCGCCGCCCUACACCUCCCACCACCCCAGACCUUCGACAUCCUCCCCGCCCUCUACGAACUCCUCGCCCGCGUCGACAAGCACCAAAACCAAACCUCCCUCCCCGGCGAGCCGGAAGGCUACCACACGCUCGAAGGCGCGCCCGGCGACAUUGGAGCGACGUACAGCAAGAGCAAUCCGAGCGAGCAUCAGCAGCCGUUGAAUCCCAAGGACCUGCCGACUGCGGCGUUGGAGAUCAAAGGAUUGAUCAGGAAUGCGCUGAGGGAGGUGGAGAAGUUGCCGGAUGUGGACAGGGAUGUUGAGGAGCAGGAGGAGGAGAUUGGGGAGUUGGAGGAGAGGGUGAGGAGGCAGAGGGAGAUGUUGAGGGGGUUGGCGGAGGUUGCGAAGGGGAUGGAGGGGAGGUUGGGGGGUUGA